AGAAAACAUUAGACAGUUGGACAAUAACGAAAGUUCUUUUUUAAGAAAAACGUUUGUGUAAAAAUGUCUUCUUCAAAAAUAGUUCCUAUCCUUUCUACAGCGGGAGCGAUUCCUGUUAAAAAUGACAAAGGAGAAAUCUCUAUGCAAAAGGUGAAAGUCAAUCGCUAUGUAUCAGGCAAACGACCAGACUAUGCUGCUACUCAUUCUUCUUCAGACGAUAGUGACGAUGAAGAGUUUAUCAGACCAAGAAAGCAGCCAAGAGGAAGAAGAGAAGAAGAAAGUCCUGAACAUGAGUGGGAGGAUAUGCCAGAUAUUCCUAUCAGUGCGCAAAGUGAUAGAAGAUUGAAACGUCUUCAAAACAGAGAAUUUGAUGAACAUAGGAUUGAAAGACACAGGCACAUUCAUGAACCCGAGAUUAUGGGGACCGAGGAAGAAGAAGCAUCACCACAAUUGGAAGAUACUGUAAAUGAUGGUGAAAUUAAUUUUAGCAGAAAUGCCCGAAGGUGGGAAUCUAGUGAGGAAGAAGAUGAGGUAGAAGACCUUGAUGAAGAUGAUAUUGAACGUCGAAGAUUGAUUGCAAGGCAGAAGGCUGUAAUUAAACAGCAAGAAGAAGAGUUGUUGGCUAGAGAAGAAGAGAAAGAAAGUGAAGAAGAGGAAGACGAUGAAGCUUCUGAAUAUGAAGAAUACACAGAUUCAGAAGAAGAAACUGGUCCAAGAUUAAAACCCAUUUUUGUUAGUAAGAAAGAACGAAUAACCAUAGCCGAAAAGGAAAAAGAAUUACAGAAACAAAAACUUAUGGAACUUGAGUCCAAAAAGCUGGCAGAAGAACGUCGGCGUUACACUUUAAAGGUCGUGGAAGAAGAAGUACGCAAAGAAAUGCAGGCUAAAGACGAAAAAGAUCUUGAAUCGGGAAUAUUGUCUGUAUUGACAGAUGCAGAAGAUGAAGAACUCGAGUACGAAAGCUGGAAAUUACGAGAACUUAAACGAAAUAAGCGAGAUCGCGAUGAACGAGAAGCGGAAGAGAAGGAGAGACAAGAAAUUGAACGUAUUCGUAGUAUGACUGAAGAAGAACGGCGGCUGGAAUUCAAGAACAACCCGAAGCAAGUCACCAACAAGGCACCAAAGGGCAAAUACAAGUUUCUACAGAAGUAUUACCACCGCGGUGCAUUUUACCUGGAUGAAGACAAGGAAGUUUUCAAACGUGACUUUGCAGUACCCACCCUUGAAGAUCAUUUCGAUAAAACCGUUCUACCUAAAGUGAUGCAAGUUAAAAACUUCGGUCGAAGUGGCCGAACCAAAUAUACACAUUUGGUGGAUCAAGAUACAUCACAACCUGACGCUCCAUGGGCCACUCAUACUGCUCAGAACUUGAAAUUCUACACUCAGCAUGCAGGCGGUGUGAAGCAAAUAUUCGAAAGGCCAGCACUGAAGAAAAAGAACACGAGUACCUGAUAUUUACACCGUUUGCUAUUCAAAAUCUCCCAAUGACGUUGUCUUAACUGUGAAAUAUUAUGGUCGAUAAAUGCGAAUCAAUAAACCGCUAUCAAUUUCUAGA